UACCAUCAACCUCUUCGAGCAGUGACCGACAUCGAAUCAUCAUUAUGUUGUGAGACGCGUCGUACGUGAUAGCAAGCGCAUAUCUCCUCCGCCCCUCCCAAUCGAAGCGAAGAGCAGCUGGAUGGAACGAACCUUGCAUGUACUAGGGAUGGGUGGGAGUUAUAGUUGCUCUUGCCGAUGAAGAACGAGGCUUACAAUUUUACAGAAUUCAAGACGUAUUUCCUUGUACAAAGCAGCUUCUUACUAACCAUAAGCGUCGCUUAACCUAUUCUCGAGUUUGCGUAAUAAACUCCAUUUAACUUGCGGUUUCCUUAGAACAACCAAGCAGGCGAGAAAGAGUAGGGGGUGUUUGCUUCGCAGGCACAAGAGUGGCACGGAAAACCCUUCAAAAUCCAAUAUUUGGACCCAUGUCGGACAUACGCAAAUGGUUCAUGAAACAACCUCACAAAAACACUGUGCCUGAAAAGGAGAGACCAAAGCAAACAGAGACUCCAAAACAGGACAUUGCCUCAGAAGGAGCAAAUGCAGGAAGGAAGAAAGUAAGUAAAUAUUUCACCACACCCAACCCUGAUAACACUAUAAAAGCAAUCCCAGAUGAGGAUUUCAAGCCGGAGAAGGCUUCAGCAAAAAGAAAGAAACAGAAAGUGGACGUGGAUGACACAUCUGAGAUAAAAGUUCCAUCCCCCAAGAAGCUUCACAAAGAUAACACAAAAGAAACUAAGGAGAAGAGUAAGACUGCUUAUAAAAAAGAUGAUGGGAUUUCAGGAGAUUACUCAGAUGGGCCUAAUUUAGGGAGCCGUGGCAUUGGUGGUAAUUUGUCUGCAAAAAAUGGAAACGAAAAUCUUCCUCAGCAUGGCGGCAGAGGUGGAGUUGGCAGAGGCGGAGGUGGAAGUAAUAUUGGAGGUAGAGGCCGAGGAGGUGGGAGAGGUCCUUUUGGUAACUUUGGGGAAAGAGCUGCUCCCCCACAUAAAGGUGAAAAGGAGGUUCCGGAAGGUGCUGAAAACUGCUUGCAGGGUUUGACCUUUGUAAUAAGUGGGACUCUUGAUAGUUUAGAGAGGGAGGAAGCAGAAGAUCUGAUUAAGCGCCAUGGUGGCAGGGUUACUGGGUCGGUCAGCAAGAAAACGAGUUAUUUACUGGCUGAUGAAGAUGUUGGAGGCCGUAAAUCUGAGAAAGCAAAGGAGCUUGGAACACCUUUCCUUUCUGAAGAUGCUCUGUUUGACAUGAUCCGUAAGUCAAAACCUACAAAGUCAUCUGGCAAGGAAAAUGUGCAGAAGAAAGACCAGAAAGAUUUUAAAGUUGCUGAGACAAUGAGUAGUAUUAUGCCAAAAAUUGGGGAAAAAGGUCAAAUCAACAAGGAUUUUGGCAGGAAAACAAGUGAAAAAUGUUUGCAGCCUGAGGUUCCAGACAGGAAAAUAAUUGCAAAUGUUAAAGGAAAUACAGAAAUAUGGACAGAGAAGUAUCGACCAAAGACUUCUAAUGAUAUAAUUGGGAAUCAAUCCACUGUGAAACAGUUACAUGAUUGGCUGGCACAUUGGGAUGAGCAACAUCUAAACAUUGAGAAUAAAGGAACUAAAAGCAAAAAACGUGGCAGUGGUAGCAAUAGUGACAUCUCAAAAAAGGCAGUGCUGUUAAGUGGGACACCUGGUAUUGGGAAGACUACUUCUGCAAGAUUGAUAAGUCAGAUGCUUGGUUUCACUACCAUUGAGGUUAAUGCUAGUGACAAUCGUGGGAAGGCCGAUGCUAAGAUAGAAAGAGGCAUUGGAGGGAGCACAUCAAAUUCAAUAAAGGAGUUAAUCAACAAUGAAGCUUUGAAUUUUUGCCACUCAAAUAGUUCAAGGCGUCAGAAAUUUGUUUUAAUUAUGGAUGAGGUUGACGGCAUGUCUGGAGGAGAUAGGGGAGGAGUAACAGAUCUUAUAUCCAGCAUCAAAAUGAGCAAGAUACCCAUAAUUUGCAUUUGUAAUGAUCGCUACAAUCAAAAAUUGAAAAGUCUUGUCAAUUACUGCCUUGCUCUGAAUUUUAGGAAGCCAACAAAGCAACAGAUGGCUAAAAGGUUGCAUCAAAUUGCAGAAUUGGAGGGUGUUCAGGUUGAUGAGAUAGCACUUGAGGAACUUGGUGAGCGUGUCAAUGGAGAUAUGCGGAUGGCAAUAAAUCAACUGCAAUACAUGAGCCUCUCAUUUUCUGUCCUUAAAUAUGCUGAUAUGAAAGCUCGUUUGCAGAGUAAUGCAAAAGAUGAAGAUGUUACACCAUUUACAGCUGUGGACAAGUUGCUUGGAUAUGAAGGAGGUAGGCUAAAACUUGAUGACAGAAUGAAUUUUUGCAUGACAGAUCCAGAUCUCAUUCCUCUUAUUAUUCAGGAGAACUAUUUAAAUUAUAAGCCAAGUGCUGCAAGUCAUGAUUCAGAUGGAACACUUCGAAUGGACUUAAUUGCCCGUGCAGCAGAGUCUAUUGCAGAUGGAGAUGUAGUAAAUGUACAAAUUCGUAGGUAUCGCCAGUGGCAGCAUUCACAAAUGGGUGCCUUUGCAUCAUGUAUCAUCCCUGCAGGUUUUAUGCAUGGUCAGAGAGAGGUCCUUGGAAAAGGGGAUAGAAGAUUCAACAAACUUGCUGGUUGGAAGGGCAAAUUCCUUACUUGGCAUAAAAAUGAAAGGAAAAGUGAGGAUGAGAUGGAAAUCCAUUCUCAUUUAUUCCUCCUAUUUUUUGUCUUCUUGUACAGAGAAGCUCUACGGAUGGACUACCUGCCAGCUUUCAUGUUGAAAUUAACUAAACCUCUGCGGACAUUGCCUAAGGAAGAGGGAGUUCAAACUGUUGUAAAGUUCAUGGAUGAGUACUCUAUUAAUCAAGAAGAUGUAGACACAAUAGUAGAUUUAUGCAAAUUCCAGGGUCAUCCCAAUCCUUAUGAUGGGGUACCUCCUGCAGUCAAAUCAGCCUUGGCAAAAGCAUAUAAACAACAUGAGCAGUGCCAUCGUGUUCGGGCAGCUGAUCUACUUCCAUCUGUUCUCUAUCCUGGUCAAAAGAAGACACCUAAGUCAAAACGAGUCGCUUCUCUUUUGACAGAAGUUGAAGAUGAUUUUGUUUUACAGAACAACAGUGAUAAUGUUGAAGAAGAGGAAGAACUUGUUGAUGAAGAAGUCUCAGAAGUUUCAGCCUACAACAACGGAAGUCUACAGUUGAGCCUUCAAGAAAACAAACCAAAAGGAGUCGAGAUACAAUUAGAUAUAAAGAAUAAUGAGGUGUUAAGAGGAAAGCCAUCCAAGGCAAACGAAUCUAAAUCUCAUGCUGAAAAGGAAAAGUUAACUUCUGGGACAAAAAGUGUUAAGAGGAAAAGGUAACUUAAUCAAUUGUUUCUUUUUUUUGUUUGGUCACGCAGAUGACACAUGCAAAUGAUGUAAAUACUUGGAGUGAACUUGGUUAGUGCAGUUGUUUUCCAUUUUAGGAAGGCAUAUAUAAUUAGUCUUCGAGUAAUGUUUCUAGAUAAGUGCUUUUUGCAUUUGAUAAAUCAUAAAAAAUUGAUCGUGGAGCUAUGACAGCCACAGAUAUGUUAUAUGUAUCCAAGUAUCUCAUGCUAGUUUCUGAGAAAUGUUGUGGCUAAAUUAUAUUCCAUGGCCAGCUGUAAUUUCAUUUCAUGUUUAUACUAAUAGUAAAAGAACUCUGUGAAGGUAAUUUGAUUUGAA